AAUGCGCGUUCUCGUCAGCUGACGUGAUACUUUUGUCACAUGAUCAGCACGAGUCCAGGAAAACAAACUAGACGUCACUUCACAAUCGUUUAUUUCCCCGCGAUAUGUAAAGAUGGCAUCAGCAGUGGAGAGGACUGAUGAUCUAGUGCGGGAAUAUUUAGUAUACCGUGGCUUUACAAACACCCUUAAAUUUCUGGAUGCUGAGGUCAAAGCUGACAAAGAGAAAGGGUUUCGAGUGGAUAAAAUAAUCGACCAACUUCAGCAGUUCAUUCAGAACUAUGAUCUUGCUGGAUUGAAAGAAUAUUGGAGCUAUCUAGAUCGAAGACUCUUCUGCCGAUUGGAGGAUGUUUACAGGGCCACUGUUACCAAACUGAGGACGAGCCUCUUUCGUUACUACCUCGUCUACACUGUACAGACAAAGAAUCUGGAGAGGACUCAGGAGUUUUUCCAAAAGCAGGCUCAAGAGCUUCAGGGCCAGCCAGAGUGGCGUGAUUGGUUUAUUUUGCCGUUUCUUCAAGUACCAGAGCAGAACCCAAAUUUCUCUUCGUAUUUUUCACGCCAGUGGGCUGACAUGUUCCUCGUCUCUCUCCACAACUUCCUCAGUGUUCUGUUUCAGUGUAUGCCCCAGCCUGUGCUGCUGAGUUUUGAUGCUGAAGUUCAGAGGAGUACCAGCACCCAGGAGGAGAAUGAACAGCUGCGGCAGCUGAUAUUUGCACUUCAGGGUGAAUCAAAGCCCAAAAAAGCGGAAGAGCUGGUGCAUCACAAACUUCCUGCCUACGUUCAGCACAUGGACCGACUCGGAGAUACAGAGCUGGACUUGGUGUCGAGCCAGCGUGCUGUAAACCCCACCACCCCAUCUAGAAACUUUUUCUCCACGCUUUUACCCCAGGGCAAAAGAACCCUGGCUCGAACACCUCAAGGAACUGCAAGUUCAUCACCCACGCAGGCUGCCCUCGGAAGGAAAGACGCCUUAGCAACACAGUCAGUGAAGAUAAAGGACUCAACAACUUCGAAGGAGUCCAAGAUUGUGGAUUCAGGAACACGGCAAAGGAGGCAGAUAGAGCACGAAAAAGAGAGAAAAGAGCUGUUCUUCAAACAGUCAGUGCAGAGUUCUGAUAAGAAAGUGGAAGGUUCCGAGGCAGAGGCUCAGAUUGAGGGCCAAAGUGAUGUGACUGAUUCCCCUACCAAACAAUCUCAGACUGGUGGUGAAGGAAGCAGGUCAGGAGCAGAACAAUCUUUCAUCAAACUUAGUCAGGAGGAAUAUGGCGAGCAUCACUCUUCCAUCAUGCACUGCAGGGUGGACAGUUCAGGACGAAAAGUGGCAAGUCUGGAUGUGGACGGUGUUGUCAAAGUUUGGUCCUUCAACCCAAUCAUGCAGACAAAAGCUACAAUCAUGUCCAAAUCACCCCUGCUUUCACUGGAAUGGGCUACAAAACCAGACCGAUUGCUACUGUUGGGCAGUGGGGUCGGUACAGUGAAACUUUAUGAUACUGAAGCAAAGAAGAACCUCUAUGAAAUGUCUAUAGACGAAGCUCAUCCACGAAUACUGUCGUUGGCCUGCAGCCCUAGUGGGACGUCAUUUGUGUGUUCAGCAGCAGCUCCUUUGUCUCGUUCUGGUGGUGUUACAGAGACAGGGUCUCGAACGACACAGCCUGUCUCAGGACAGCUACUGCUCUGGGACACCAAAACUGUGAAACAACAGCUGCAAUUUACACUGGAGCCUGGACCAGUGGCCAUAAACUGCACUGCGUUUAACCACAAUGGAAAUCUGUUGGUAACUGGAGCUGCUGAUGGUAUUAUUCGCCUGCUUGACAUGCAGAAGUAUGAAAGUGUAAUGAGCUGGAAGGCUCACGAUGGUGAAGUGUACAGUGUGGAGUUCAGCUACGAUGAGAACACUGUGUUCAGCAUUGGAGAGGAUGGCAAGUUCAUCCAGUGGAAUAUCCACCGUUCUGGUGUAAAGCAGUCGGAGUACUUGUUAUCCCAGGAUGCCGUGGGGCCGUUUGUGCUGUCAGGUUACAGUGGCUAUAAGCAAGUCCAGGUGCCUCGUGGGCGACUUUUUGCAUUUGACUCAGAAGGACAGCAUGUUCUUACCUGCUCCAGUAAUGGAGGAGUCAUCUAUCGGCUGAAUAAAGGGGACACAGGGAUGGACAGUUUGAUGUCUCUGGGUGGUCAUAAAGCCCCGGUGGUAACAGUGGACUGGUGUUCAGCUGUGGAUUGUGGAACCUGCCUUACAGCAUCAAUGGAUGGCAAAAUUAAACUGAGCACGCUCCUUGCACAGAAAGCUUGAUCAUAAUGAUGAUGAUUCUUUAUGUAUACUUCUUUUCUCUGUGUGCUGUAUUCUUCCAAUAUCAGCUUAAUUAUAGCAACAAAUUCUGUGCUAUUUGUUUAAUAGAUUACAUUCCAUCUCUUAUUAAAAAGUAACAUUAAGGAACAAUAAAAACAAAACAUAUGGAUUAGGAAACAAACCGUGUUACCAUUAAGUAAAAUAUGUGGCAUAUCUCAUGAGUUUAAAAAAUGAAAACAAAUGUGUAUAAACCUGUUAUUUAGAUUCACAUUUUAUUUUUUACAAUAAUUCCUAUUAAGCUAAUAAACUGAAACAAUAUACCUUUGUUUACACCCAU